AUGGGGUCCGUCAACAUCAACUGCAACGUCAGCGAUGAUUUCUACCGCUACAAGAUGCCCCGUCUCAUCGCAAAGGUCGAGGGAAAGGGUAACGGCAUCAAGACUGUGAUCGCCAACAUGACAGACGUGGCCAAAGCCAUCAGCCGACCUGCCACCUACCCAAUUAAAUACUUCGGAUGCGAGUUGGGUGCCCAAACACAGUUGGACUUCAAAAACGACCGCUUCAUUGUGAACGGCUCUCAUGAUGCUGAGAAACUCCAGGGACUUCUUCAUGAAUUCAUCCAGAAAUUCGUGCUGUGUCCUAGCUGUGAAAACCCGGAGACUGUGCUCUCCGUGAACAAGAAGAAACAAGCCAUUAUCCAAGCAUGCCAAGCUUGUGGUUACAAUAGCCCUCUGAAGUUCAACCACAAACUCAACCCGUUCAUCAUCAAGAAUCCACCAAAGAUUACCACUUCUAUCCAUGGCGGUGGGAAGAGUGACAAUCGAGGCACUGGAAGAAAGAGAAGCAAGCAAGAAAAUAAUACCAAACCAGAGACAAGUGGAGAAACACGCAACUUUCGCAAGAUUAACAAGAAAGUCAAGGAAUGCGCAGAUAUCAACAAAGAAAGGCGGGGUGGGUCUGCAAAUUAUCGUCUUUCUGAGACGGAUGAUGACGACGAGGUAUGGUCGGUUGAUGUGAGUGAAGCUGCUGUGCGUGCCAGACUGCAAGACCUUAGUGAAAGUGCCAAGGGCUUGGUGAUCACCGAUCACCUUAAGAAGUUGGAGAAAGAAAAUCUCGAUGUCAUCUACGAGAUGGUAAAGCAUAAGCGUGAUGCUGGUGUCAUUGACUCGGCUGACAAGGAAAUCCUCGCUGAGGCUAAACGUCUUGCAGUGAAAUCGAAGGUUCCUCUCAUCCUAGCGGAACUUCUCUUUGAUCACAAUAUGCAUCAGCAGGUGAAGAAGCACCGUAUUUUGUUUCUACGCUUCACACAUAAAGAUCAAAAGGCGCAAAAAUUUCUGCUCGGAGGUAUUGAGCAAGUGAUUGCAUUGCAUAAGGACGCAUUGUUACCUAAGGUAUCGGGCAUUCUGAAGCUUUUCUACGAUGCAGAUAUCCUGGAGGAAAAGGUCCUGCUAGACUGGGCUGCAAAGGUGACCCAUAAGAACGUACCCAAAGAGCUGGCGCAAGAUAUUCACGCACGGGCCAAAACCUUCAUCACGUGGUUGCGUGAAGCGGAAGAAGAGAGUGACGGGAGUGAGGAAGAAGACUGCAACCGUGGGAGCGAGAAUGUUGACCGUGCUAAUGGAAAACCGUUGAAUGAACUGAAGAACCUGCCUACCAUGAAGCCAGCCGAAGACCUAGACAUUGAUGCAAUCUAA